CUACCAGCCUUGUGCCACCGGAGCCGUCUUGAUAAUUAACGCCGGAAAAUUAAUUACUGCUCUGUGAUUCCGACGAGUAACCGAUUCGACGGAAACUUAAGCUGCGGCGGCGGAGGCAAUCACUUCUCGUACGGGGCCUUGAGAGUUAUUAGCUGAAUCUCACCCUUAUUAGCUAGAGACCCAUUUUCCUACAGCUGGAAAUCCCCACCUUUUCCGGCUUCCCGGCGCCUCUUUUCCGGUGACUGGUAACCCGAUUUCGUUUUCCAGUGAAGUUCGAGCUGAUUUAGGAUACUGGCUUUGUUAAGAAGCUUGCUUUAUAAUCUGGGCUGGCUUCGGAAUUGCUGGUUGUUGGGUAUUAAAGACAGAUUGACCGGCAGAUGCGGAGAAACAGGGUAGCUACAAUCAGAACCCUAGUCUGAAAUUUCUCGAGCACUAUGCCUUGGGAUUCUUCCGCUGUAGCUUCUUACAAAAAGGCCUGAAAACCACUUCCCCAUGCCCACCGACAACUCCUUUGCCAUGAACGACUCUGGCGAAGCCAGCGUUUCUUCCUCUGAUAACCAAGCCCUUCUUCCAAAACAGACUACCAAGAAAAAACGAAAUCUUCCAGGAAUGCCAGAUCCGGAUGCGGAGGUGAUUGCUUUAUCACCAGAAGCACUGUUAGCUACCAAUAGAUUUGUGUGUGAAAUCUGCAAUAAAGGGUUUCAAAGAGACCAGAAUUUGCAGUUACAUAGAAGAGGGCACAAUCUGCCAUGGAAGCUGAGGCAAAGGUCAAGCACGGAGGUGAAGAAACGGGUGUAUGUGUGCCCUGAACCAACAUGUGUUCAUCAUGACGCUUCACGAGCACUUGGCGAUCUCACCGGAAUCAAGAAGCAUUUCUGCCGGAAACACGGUGAGAAGAAGUGGAAAUGUGACAAGUGCUCCAAGAAGUAUGCGGUCCAGUCCGAUUUGAAGGCUCAUUCUAAAAUCUGUGGCACCAAAGAGUACAAGUGCGAUUGUGGGACUUUGUUCUCAAGGAGGGAUAGCUUUAUUACACACAGGGCCUUCUGUGAAGUAUUAGCAGAAGAGAGUGCCAAAGCACAAGAUGUUGUAGCCCCAAUCUCUGAGGCCCCGAAGCCUGCUUCACCGUCACAACCGCUGCCUUUGUCACUGUCACCGCCACCGUCACCUCUGGAUCUGGCACCACCAUCACCGCCACAACCGUCAGCAGCCCCACAACCUCCACCACCAGUCGUUCCUCCAGCUUCCACUGUAAUAUCCUCAACUUCAUCUGUAAAAACCCCAGAGUUGCUGGAGUGCACAAAUGAAAAUGCAAAUGGAUUCAUGGGGCCCACACAAGUUGUCGAAGAAACAACUGUGGUUACGACGAGCUUUGCCGGGAGCAGUCACGUCAGCGGCAGCGUAUUCGCGAGCCUAUUCGCGUCAGCAAAUGCACCCGCAACGCUGCACUCCCAAACACCCGUUGGCCGCAACGAUAACGCCUUUACGGACAUGUUUGUGACGCCCAUGGUUGUGCCCGAACCGCCCGCGCCAUCGACCGAACCGGUAUCUCUUUGCCUCGCGAUGAGUCACGGUUUCGGUCAGGACCGGAGACAGUACGCUCCUCUGUCGGCGGCAACCCAACCGGCGAUGUCUGCAACGGCACUGCUUCAGAAGGCCGCUCAGAUGGGUGCGUCUGCCACCGGCUCAUCGUUGUUGAUGGGCCUGGACAUUGUGUCUGCUUCAUCUAACGGGCCACGCGGCGAGUUCAGAGGGAGGCAGUUUCUCGACACGGACUGCGGUUUCGGGCUCGGGCUCGGGCUGCAGUGCGACGGAGGUUCGGGCCUGAAAGAACUCAUGUUGGGGACCCCGUCGGUUUUUGGUCCCAAGUAUCCCACCCUCGACCUGCUCGGGUUAGGAAUGGCGGUUAGCGGUGGCACCACUUCCACCGGUUUAUCUGCGCUGGUGACAUCCAUUGGCGGCGGCGGCGGGAAUGUGGACAUGGCAGCCGCCGCAGGCUCGUUUGGGAGCGGAGAUGCUCGGAAUAGUGAUGAAAGAGAUACUUUCCUCUAAUUAAGCUAAAGAUAUUGAUUGGGUGUGCAUAUGUGAUUUGUCUGUUUUGCCCCCCCGUAACGGGUUGAAUUGGUUCCAUAUAUUAGCUCUGAUUGACUUACACUAUGCAUGAACCGAGGACGAGCCCAAGGCUAGUCAUGACCGUUACAGUGUUUUAUUUGUAACGUUUUGGGCGCGCGCGCGCGCACACACACACACAUAUAUAUAGGAGCAAGUUUAGGUAUUAUAUUGAAAAAUGAUAUAUGUUUUAGUAUGUACUAUUUAGAGUAAAUUUCACUUUUAUAAAUUCAUUUUUAUAAAUUUCGUUUCUAUUGGAAGAAAUAAAACGUGGUAUAAUUA